AUGGGGUGGAUAGGAGCUGGUUUGGUGCUCGCAGCAACAGCCUACUUUCUUUACCGAUACCCCCUCCGCAGUUGGGCUGAGCCUCGUUCUUUUGCCCCUCCAGAGCCCACGGCGCCCCCGGAGCCCAAGCCCACUGGACCAGUUACCCCUACUACACCGGACGAGCCUGUACAGGAACGACAUGACUCAAGGGUUUCAGCACCGGUAGAAUUAGAUGAGGACUCCCAAAGUACACCGAAGGCACCGACUUCAAACGCACCGAUUCCCGUCCUUACGGUCCCCGAGCUCAGCUUGAAUAGCGACACGGCGACGAUGCCCGCCAUUUCACAACCUCCAAUUGCAGCAACUAAUAAUUCAUCGCAAAAAGACCGCAGCAAUGAAGCUCAUAAGUCUUUGGUACAGCCACCAUCUUUUGCAGCUCCGCCACAGCCAAUGCAGUCGUCUACUACUCGCCCAGCACCUCCCAGCUCCUCCUCCUCCUUGAUGCCCCCACCUCCAAUCCCCCGACCAACACCUCAACCCAAUCGUCUCGCCCCGAAAAGCACCUUGCAACCUCCACGCCUGAGCGGAGCUUCCUUCGGACCGCCUCCCUCAGCCGCCGCCUCCCAGCGUGGUCCACCUAUCACCAGCACUCGCCAGAUCAAUAGUACCCUCGCCCCGACACCAGUCACUCUCCAGAAAUCCAGCAAAAAGGUUGUCCUCGAGCCAGGAUUCUCGCCCCUCGAUUGGGCAGCACUCGCCGCAAACCCGAAGAGCAAGCUCCGUGGUGAAAACCUGCCCCCGGGUCUACUUCGCGUCACCCCAUCCAUGCUCAAGGAACAACACGGGCGUAAAGGCCGAGACGCUUGGACGUCCUACCGCGGAAAAGUCUACAAUAUCUCACCUUAUGCCCCCUACCAUCCAGGCGGCAAGGGUGAGCUUCUCCGCGGCGCAGGAAAGGACUCUGCUCAACUCUUCCAAGAGGUCCACCCGUGGGUCAAUUGGGAGGGAAUCCUCGGGGAGUGUCUUGUCGGAAUACUGGUUUCGGAGAAUGAUCUCAGGGCCGAGAAUACCUUGGAUGCCAUGGAUUGA